AUGAUCGUUUUCGGAGACUCCUACACCAGUACCGACUUCAAACCCCAAAAAGAACAACCCUCCCCCACCAACCCCUUCGGCAACCCCGCCCUACCAAAGUCCUCAUCCAUCGACCAGAAAUGGAUCCAUUAUCUCACAAUGACCUACAACAGCAGCGCCAUCCGGACCUACAACAUGGCCAACUACGGCGCCACGAUGGACGGCUUCGUCCGUUUCUACCAUGAGCACUUCAUGCCGCAUUACGGCAUCGCCAACCACACGGGCGCUGCGGGGUGGAACGCGACGAAUAGUCUGUUCGCUACCUUUUUCGGCAUCAACGAUGUCAGAAGGUGCACGGAUCAGCCCCUCUCGAAGGACGAUUGCGGAGAAAUCUAUGCGAGUCUCUUCGCCAUCUAUGGCUUCCUGCUCGAGCAGCUCUACACCGCCGGCGCCCGCAACUUCCUCCUCCUCAACAUCCCCCCGCUCGACCGCAUGCCCUUCUCCCGCAAAUGGGGCCACCCCGUGCCCCCGCGCGCCGUCGCCGCCUGGAACGCCGGCCUCGCCUCCCUCGCGUCCGACCUCUCCCUCCGCCACGCCGACGCCACCGUCUUCCUCUUCGACACCCACGCCCUCUUCGACGAGGUCAUCGACGACCCGAAAUCCUAUCCCCAAACGAGUCUGUAUAAAAACACGACGGAUAAUUGCGAGGAGUAUAAGUCGGCGGGUGAGAAGAAUGAUUUCGAUGACGUCUGUGGGAUUCAGUUGGAGAAGUAUCUCUGGCAUGAUGCGCUGCAUCCGACCACGGCGGUCCACGAGGCGAUGGCGGCGCAGAUUGCGCAGAUGUUGGAGGCGGGGCUGAUGGGGAGGGGUGGGAUGGGUGGUUGA